GGACAGCUAGUAAUGGAAGUUAGACUGUGCUAUACAGGCUGAAAUACUCAACGCUAAACAAAUAUUAUAAUGGAAGAGGAAUUGGAUUUCCAGAAAAUUUGUAGAGUAUGUUUAAAUGAAGGGGUAAUGAUGUCAAUAUUCAAAGUAAACAUUUCCAAAAAAUUAAUGGCCUGUGCCUCAAUCCAGGUUUGGCAGUAUGAUGGCCUGCCCACUCAAAUUUGCCAAAAGUGCUCAGCCAAAUUACACAUAUCCUUCCAGUUCAAAAAAUUAUGUGAAAAAUCAGACGGCAAACUACGUCAGCAGCUAAAUAAAAUCAAUGAGAGACAAGCACAACAACAGCAGCAACAACAACAACUGCAACAACAAAAUCCUCCCAUCCAAACCGUUGAAAAGCAAUCUACCCCGAACUUACCUCAAUAUACUCAGCCCAUACCAGAAAACAGUUGUGUUUUCAUCGAAUGCAAUCCCAUUAUUGAUAGUAUUGGCCACGAAAACAAUUUUAUCCCUCCUAGUCAACCCGAACAACAGAUCACACAGUUAGACUACAAUCAGCUAGGUGGCUACAAUGUGGAUAGUGUGGGGAAUGUACAAGUGUAUAAUGGGAGUUAUAAUAUGUCCUUGGAACAUACUGGGGUUUUACACAAUCAGGAAAUUCAAUCAUUGCAGCUGGAUCCUCAACCACAACAACCUCAAAUUCAAUAUUUAAAUCCACCACCAAACCACCAACUCACUAAUCUAUCAAAUAGUACCAACAAUGUUAAAGACGAGGUGGAAAAAACAAAAGUAAAUCAAUCUCCCACCCCUGUAGAUACCAGCAAGCAGUGCCCUACUUGUAAUAAAAUAUUUUCUACGAUGACCAAAUUGACCAGACAUAUGAAGACCCAUGCUUCAGACUUGCCUUAUAAAUGUAAAAUUUGCAAUAAAGGAUUUGCUCACAGCGGUAAUUUUAAAAUCCAUCUAAGAAUGCACACUGGGGAAAGGCCUUUCAGGUGUGUAGUAUGCGAUAAAGGCUGCAGGCAGGCGCAAGAUUUAGAGAAGCAUAUGAGAACACAUACAGGAGAGCGCCCACACAAAUGUGCAAUGUGCCCGAAAGCGUUUUCAACCAGAUCGAACUUGAUAGCUCACAUUCGAAUCCACACAGGAGAGCGACCGUAUGUCUGCUGCGUCUGUCAGAAAUCGUUUUGCCAGUCAAACGAACUCACCAAACACAUGCGAACGCACACAGGAGAAAAAUCCCACAUAUGUGAUAUUUGCAAUAAAGGUUUUAACGGUUCAAGUACGCUGAUAGUCCAUCGGAGAUCCCACACAGGGGAACGCCCCUACGUUUGCCUAGUGUGUAAUAAAGCUUUUACACAAAAUAGUUGUCUAGCGACCCAUAUGAAACGUCACAACACCAACUCACAAUGUGAUAAUAACGUAAACACCAACUCAACACGAGAGCAAGAUACCAGCAAUAAUCCUAAAGAAACUUUCACGUGUACCUUUUGUAGUAGUAGUUUUGAAUCGUCGACGGAGUAUAACGAGCAUCUCAAAACGCAUUCUACGCCGAGCGAGGAAAGCUAACAUUUGUAGUUGUUUACUUCAGUUAGACAAUAGUGUUGGGGCUGCCAUUAUAUAUAAAAACCGAUUGACACUUUUUUUAGGGUUUCCUUCUUUGUCAAAGAUUGUAGACCACUAGAAUGAAUUCUAAAUUGUAAGUUUAAAGAACCCUCGAAAUACUCAUGGCCGAAAAUCUCACAAUAUGGACUUUGUUGUGAGUUUUGUCAUUAUUUAUUUGAGUCAAGCGUUUCUAGUUUCAUAAUAAUCUUAUUUUCGGUAAAUCGUCUUGUAUUAAAUACCGUGUUGUUACUGCCUUCUAGGUCGUAAUUAAUUAAAACUCUCUUCUUAGUUCAAAUACAUUAUAUUAUUUACUUUUAACUCCGUCUACGAUUAACCAUAACAAUGGGUUUACAUAUCACAGUAACGACCUACCGUCACAUUGCUCAAUUACUAACUACUAUAAAUAAUUAUAACGAUAACGAUGAUCCGUAUCAUCGGGCGUUCACUUAUAUACAUGAUGAACUCUCGCAACCUCACGCUCGGCCUUGGUCAAGGGCGAACGAUGAAUGAUAUAUGUUUUUCUUUGAAUAACACAUCUUUUGUACAGGGUGAUAUUAUAAUACCACAGUCUGAACUUACGCUUCCAACAGUAGUAUUUCUACCAUUUGAAUAUAUCUAUCACCGAAAGAUCACACCAUAUUGAUGUACUGGGUAACAGUGAGGCCAGAUGGUCCAACUCAGAUUGAUUUUUAACAGAUGAAGCCACAAUAGAAUGUUCCGAUAGUCCAUGUGGUGAGAAAGCUCCCGUCUGAAAAAAAUUCUGAUUCGGUUUCUUUGUGGAUUCCUAUUCAAAAAUGUCCCCUUUAAACAAAUCUGAAGAGUGCCGGGCGGAAUUUUUGGGCAGAAAUUGUUUAAACAAUAUUUUUAAUCAAAUACAAAAGAUCACCUUUUUUGACCCGAAGAAUAUUUUUUUAGGUUUUUUUGGGUCAUUCUAAACAAUACAGGUAUAUUGUGAUUUUUCUCAAAAGUUGAUAGUUUUCGAGUUAUAGGCGAUUUAAAACUAAAAAAUACUAAAAAAACUAAAUCUAAAAAAUAUAUUUUUCGGAGGAAAAUAGGAGAUUUUUGGAAAUAGUGCGCGCCACACCGGCAAAAAAAUCGGAUGAACACGCAUAAUUAACAAUUAAAUACCAACGGUGUAAAUUUAAGUUAGACCCGAUCAGUCUGCAGAAUCUUGAAAACGAAUGUUUAAACCACAAUUCAAGUAUUUGGCAACCUCAAAAAUACUAAUUUAAAUAUGAGUAUUGCGUAUUUUCGCAUUUUUCAGAUUUUAAAUCGCCUAUAACUCGAAAACUUUGAGAAAAAUAACCCAAGAAACCUAAAAAAAAUAUUCUUCGGGUCAAAAAGGUGAUUUUUGCAAUGUAGUUGAGUUAGCUCAGUAUUACAGGAUUAAUAAAGAUGCAUUUUUUUUGUAUUUUCAGGGCAGCUUCUGUUCUACCUAUAUGUCAAUUUUGUAGCCUGUAUCAAAUUUUUCUACAGAUUUGUAUAAAGUUCUCAUACAAGAUGUUUAACUUAGUUUUUUUUUAAUUUAUUAAUAAAAUUAAUUUCAUUUUGUG